AUGUACGCGAAGGACAAUGGCUGCGGUCUGGCUGCGCCACAAUGUGGUGUCAAUCUCCGAGUGAUGGUCUACAACUACCAACGCAUCGAGGGCGAAGGUAGGAAUCCAGAAGGUGAGGUGGUCUUCGUGAACCCCCGGAUCACAGCGUGCUCAGACACGAAAUGCGAGAUGGUGGAGGGCUGCCUUUCUUUUCCGAACUUCGGAGCUCCCGUGGUGCGGCCCGAGUGGGUGGAGGUGGAGGCGGUGGACUUGGAUGGCAAGCCGUACACCAAGCGAUUAGAAGGUGACGAGGCGCGUGUCUUCCAGCACGAGUACGACCAUCUGGAUGGCAUCGUUUACAUCGAUCAUGUGACGGACGACGACAAGAAGGAGAUCGCCACCAACCUCAAGAAGCUCGUCAACGAGUACACGGCCGGGGGCGGGAAGGACCCAAAGCCAUAA